ACUUUGCCAUUUUGCAAUGGAAAACUCCUGAUUGAUUUUUGCCGUAUCUCGCUGCGAUCUCGCCGCAGCCUCCUCCUCUCUCUUAUCACCCCCUCGAAAUUCGCCCAAUUCUCAGAGCCCCAGCCUCAUCCCAAAACCCUAACCCUAAAUCUUGAAAUAUCUUCUCCUGCGAUCAGUUCGUGAAACCUGAACCUGGGGAGAAUUCAAGAUCGUCGAGAUCGGACCGUGGGGUUUUCUGACGUUGACGGGUAGGCUGAAGAAGUUGGCGCCUCGAUAUUGGGCUUGGGAUCCGUCGGGCUUCGAAGAGGCUUGCGAGCCUGACAAAUUUCAUUUGAGGCAACAAUGGCGCCCCUGAAAGACAUAGUCCCUGCAGCCACGAACACGGUGAACACUCGAUUCAUAGUCCUCGAAAAAAGCAACACAAUCCGAGAUGGCAAAGCGUCCACAUGCCUAUCUCUCGUCGCAGAUGAGACCGCAGCAGUUCACUUUCAAAUGUGGGGCGGCGAGUGCGACGCUUUUAUCCCCGGAGACAUAGUUCAACUCACCAACGGAAUCUUCUCCUACCACAAGAAUAACCUCGUGCUGAGAGCGGGCAGAAAGGGAAGGGCUGAGAAGAUCGGGGAGUUCACGAUGGUGUUCGUCGAGUCCCCUAAUAUGAGUGAGAUUCGAUGGAGUAGGGAUCCGAAGAAUCCUAAGAAGUUUGUGAAGGAGGAGGGCGUUGUUCCUGAUCGUUCUCGGAUCUUUACACCUUCGCCAUAAGCGGCUGUGUGUUUUGAGUUUUGUGUUCCGUCUUGAAUGUAUUGGUAAUGUAGUUGGUUGUAGCUUUUGAACAUGUAAAAAGUCCUCUG